AUGGUGGGAAAAUGGCACUUGGGUUUGAACAACAAAAAAUCAGACGACUACCACUUCCAUCCCAUGCGUCAUGGCUUUCAACAUUUCUACGGUCUUCCACUGAGCAAUUGUCGGGAAUGUGAAAUUGGAGGAUACCUCACGUAUGAGCUUUUUUAUCCAAAUCUCAGGUGGAACUUAAUCUCCAGUCUUCUUUUUGCGUCAUUCACUGGGAUCCUCUGCUGUGCCCUUGGUUUAAUACCGAAGCGAUCAGCAUUUGCAGUUUGUUUUAUUACUGGCUUACUCUAUGGGGUCAUUUGUCUUAUCACGAACAUAGGCACUCGUAUCUCGUGCAUCUUAAUGAGAGAUUAUGAAAUAGUGGAACAGCCAGUUCUAUUAGAGAACCUAACAGCACGAUUUACUGACUAUGCCAUUGACUUUAUUGAACAAAACCAACAAAAACCGUUUGUACUUUUCAUGUCGUACGCCAAGGUACACACGGCWUUGUUUACCACUAAACCAUUUGAAGGUCACAGCGUUCAUGGUCGCUACGGUGAUAACGUGGAAGAGAUGGACUGGAGUGUGGGUGAGAUCAUGAGAACGCUGGACAAACUUGGUCUCAAGAAGAACACGUUUGCGUACUUUACAUCUGAUCAGGGACCUCACUUGGAAGAAUCUCUUUAUGGAGAAUAUCAAGGAGGAUGGAGAGGAAUCUAUACAGGAGGUAAAGGGCAAAGUUGGGAAGGUGGUAUCAGAGUACCAACAUUAGUUUCCUGGCCAGCUCGUAUUCCAAAAGGUAUCAGCAUCAGCGAACCAACCAACAGCUUAGAUGUCUUCCCAACCAUUGCACACAUAGCUGGAGCACCGAUUCCUAAUGACAGARUCAUCGAUGGUAAAGAYCUGAUGCCUUUGCUUACACAAMAACAGAAAGUGUCUCCACAUGAAUUCAUGUUCCACUACUGUGCCAAAGAAAUCCACGCAGUGCGCUACAGGCCUCGCGAUGGAAAGACCACUUGGAAAGCUCAUUUGAAAACACCGAAAUGGAUCGAUGGAACUCAAGUAUGUCGUGGAUUGUGUCUGUGCUACGAGGGAUUUUCAGUUGACCAAAAUCCACCGUUGUUGUAUGAUAUAACGACUGAUCCAACUGAAAGUCAUCCUCUAGACCCAAAUGAUAAAGUGUACAAGAAGGUCCUUCAAGCAUAGUUAAUAACUAUGCUUCAAGCUAUCAACAAAGCUGUUGAUGACCAUACAAGAAGCAUCGAUGAAGUGCCGAAUCAGUUAGAAAAUAAUUAUUUGUGGAAAGCUGGCUUUUCUGGAUUGCAGCCUUGUUGCAAUCCCCCGUUCUGUUCGUGUGCUGAAGACGGUAAAGCUAAGCACUACCCUGAAGUAUAAAGAAAAUACCUCGAAGUGCCAACAUACUGACGAUUUCCUCAGUUUUGCACCAAACCUCGCGCCACUAGAAUGUUGUAAAUGUUCAAUAGAUAUAAAACUGUCAAAAAUGUGUUAAAUAAACCGCAUC